AUAGCCUGCAGCUUCUUAUCUCAUCUAUUUAUUCCUUUUAACUUAUCUGUAAAUGUGGCAACUCAUCAGACGCAGACGCAGUGACAUUAGUCACAGUACAAACUUCACAGUACACACCCUCACUGGUGAGGAGGGGAGACAAGAAGCAGACGUGUCUGAGGAAUACGUUGUUAAUUUUUACUCCUGCCCUCGGCCGAUGUCCAUAUAAUAUUACAUACUGGUGUAGCAAACUAGCGAAGGCGUACAGGGAAGAAACACUUGUUACUGUAAUAGCUUUUGCACAGACCAUGGAUAAGGUAGUAAAGGAAUGUAUGGUGUGUCAAACCACAUGGGAUAACAAACGUCAUCAGCCAGUGGCAUUACCUGCUUGUGGACACAGUUUUUGUAGGCAUUGCCUCAUAAAGCUACGUAAUGUCAAGGAAGUUGUUGAGUGCCCCAUAUGCAGGAAAGUUCUUGUGGAUUUGCUUCCUGAAGAUCUACCAGUAAAUUGGGCUUUACUACAGUCUGUUGAUCCCAGUCCUAAUAUGGAGUUUGAAGAGUGGGCAAGAGCAUCUGGCUUGACAGAUUCUACCAUUAAGAAACUGGUGUCUGAGGAUUUGAAUUCAAGGGUGGCCCUCAAGUUACUGAAUGGAAAUGAUAUCUUUGAACUAGGCCUGACUAUUGGUCAACGGAAAAUAUUGAUGGCAAUUGUGGAGGAACUGCAAGAACCUGAAACAAGGAAAGAUACCCAGAAAGCACCAUCUGAUGGCAAGAAACAGCAGUCAUCUGAUAAUAAUAUGCCUCUGAAGAAGGAAGAUCCAGAAGGUGAAGAUCCUAAGAGUGAUAAGAAAAAUGAUGUUGCUAAGAAGAUCAUCAUCGGUACUGCUGUUGGAGGAUUAGUUGGAGUGGGUGCGGUGGUUGCUGCUCCGUUUGCUUUGGCAGCUGCUGGAUUCACAUCUGCAGGCAUUGCUGCUGGUUCCCUGGCAGCUUCUAUGAUGUCUUCAGCUGCCAUAGCCAAUGGGGGAGCAAUUGCUGCAGGCAGUACUGUAGCUGUUCUACAGUCAAUAGGUGCUGUUGGCAUUCCCUUGGCUGCAAAUGUUGCUAUUGCUGGAGGUGCAACAGCUGCAGGUUUAGGUGUUGGUGCUGGGGCAGCUGCCCUAGGAGCCAGAAACAAAAAGGACACAGGCAGUGAAAAAAAGAAUGAAGACAAUGAUAAUGAGGACAAACCAAAUGUCAAAAUAGACAAACCCCUGUGACAAAAAAUAAUUAUUAAGAAUUGGGAUUAUUCAAAUGUAUUAGAGUGCCUAUGGAUCAAAUAAUGGUAAUGCCUUUGCUUCUAAGUGUAUUAGUGAAAAAAAUAAAUAAAUAAAAAUAAAUAAAUGAAUAAAUAAAUAAAAUUAUCACAUUUGAUGACUCAUAAGAUGGACCUUUUCUCCAAAAAAAAAAAUGUCUCAGAAAAUAAACCUGUGCCCUAUGAGGCCAAGGCUCAGCACUGAGGAAGUAGUUGGUGGUAAGUCUAUGGCAACAGAGGCUCUAAAAUCAAACUCAAGACAUCUUCACACAUGUAAACAAAGUGAUGAUUGGUAUUACACCACAAAACAAUUCUUUCUUUCAAAAUAACAACAUAUAAUAGGGCAUACUUACCAGUAAUUCACAUAAAAUGACACCAGUCAGGAAGAAUUUGCCUAAGUGACCAUGCACCAUGCAUUGCAUGUACCAAAACAAACAUGCAGUCAGUUACACACUGAACCCAGUGACAUGGGCAAGCUUCACUGCAUUCUUUACAGUGUGAUGCCACUACUCCUUGAGGUAAGACACACUUUCAUACAAUUAAAACUGCACCUACCUUUUAACAUUCUUAUGAACAAACUUUAUUACCCCUGUAGUCUCACAGUCACUGCCAAUGCCAUAUGCCAGGUACAUGUUUACAUCUCACAACAGGAUUGGUAUGUAGGCUACUAGCAAAUAUUUAUGUUUUCAAAUGCAAAAUAUUGGAAUCUAAUAAUGAUCUAAAUGGAUAUGAGAGUCUUCAAAUGUCAGAUGAAAUCCUUCACCUCAUAUUCAGAGCUUAAAUCUGCUCAUUUAUCUUUUUUUUCAUUUCAAUGUCAACCAAAACUGGGUGCGUCUUAUGAGUCCAUGCAUCUUAUGAGCCAUCAAAUAUGGUACUUUUUAUAUUUAUUGUUCAGACAUUGUGUGGGUUUUUAAACAAAAUUAAGUCAUUUUGCCUCAUCAAUUUCUCUUUUGACAGAUUUUCUUGAUUCUUUCACUCACUGCUUUAAUUUCUUCUUAUUAUUAUUAUUUUUAGACUUGUGGAAAAGUCUGGAUGUGUUUGUAGGAGGAAGUUAAAAGUGAAUGUUAGUAAAAGUAAAGUAAUAAAAUGUUUAAGAGAGAUAGGUGAUUAAGGGAUGGAUGUAAGAUUGAAUAGAGAACAGCUGGAAGAGGUGGAUUGUUUCAAGUAUUUGAGAUCAAAAGUUACAUUGAAUGGACAUAGGUGAAGUGCAGAGUGAAAGAAACAGGAGAGAUAUUUGGUGGACUGAAAAAGAUUUUAAACAUGGGAUACUGGGUAUAAGUGUUAAGAGUGGGUUGUAUGAAGUAAUAGUGAUGCCCACUGUACUGUAUGGUACUAAAACCUAGAGCAUGGGAGAAGAAACAGUUAAAUGUAAUGGAAACUAAAAGUGUGCAUGGAGUAACAUGGAGGGACAGAAGAAAUAGAUAAGAACAGGUGUUUUGAGAUAGUUGGGUGGACAGGCAGAUCAGUGUUUGUUAAGAUGGUUUGGGCAUGUGGAGAGAAUGGAGGACAGAAAAUCAAUAAAGAGCUGAGGUUAGAUGUGCAUGGCAAAAGAUUAAGAGAUGGCCUCACCUGGAGUGGAUUAACUGUAUGAAGAGAGCACUGAAUGAGAGGCAUGACUGCAGCAAGGAAGAGUGAUUGUGUGUGUUAUAGAUGAAUGGAUAGUGGUAGUAGUGAAUAUAUGAAAAAUUAUGCAGUCUUAUUGGCCCCUGGUAGAGCGUUAGGGAGUACUCUGUAGCAAUACCACUGCAUCUACAGCAGCUCUGGAUUGGAAUAGUUGCAGGGAAGGGAGUAGUCUCAUUAUGAAGGAGCAGGGGUAAAGAAGUGUAUUGUAUGCUGUUGGGCCUUGCUACAUAUGUAUGUAACCAGCUGAGCUAUACCUAAGCUCCUGGGGUGUGAUACAGUGGUCCUCAAACCUAUCCCAUUCCACCAGGGGCUAAUGGGGCAAGAGUGUGAAUAGUGUAUGAGUGUGUGAUGCUUUGUUUGGGCCACACCAUGUGGGAGUGCCAGCCUGGUAUGUAAAGAGAUAAACAAUUAUUGUUUCUAUUAUAAUUUUUAUUUUUAUCAUUAUUAUUAUUGAUACCGAUAUUAUUGUUAGUAAGACUGGCUUAUUGUAGCUUCCAUUAUGAAUUUCAUUGUCAUUAUCUUGUGUCAAUUAUUGUCAACGAUUGAUAUUAUUUUUUAAAUAAUGCUACAGAUUCAGUUCUGCAGUGAUAGCAUAUUUCAACUAAUUGAAGCACAAAUUACAUACAAGAACUUUCAAACAUUAGACUAGGGUUUCUAUAUACUGUUUUGCAUUAAUAUAUUUGUACUGUAUUAAAUAUAAAGUAUGUCAUUAUCAA